AUGGUACAAAGAAAGUUUUCAGCCGCCACUGCCUCAAAAGCAGCAACCGCAGCAUCUCCUGCUCCAAAAAAACCAAUCCCAUAUCCGGUUGAUACUUCAGUCGGACCAAUGUACCGUUAUCAAAAAGCAUUACCUCGUCUUCCGGUUCCUGUGCUAGCUGACACUCUCGACGUAUACUUGAAAUCAGUCCAGCCACUCGUAACCGAGGAACAAUACGCAAAUACGAAACAAGUCGUCGAAGAGUUCAAAAAACCUGGUGGAGUCGGAGAAGAGCUUCAAAAACGUUUGUUGGCAAGAGCCAGUGACCCUAAGGUCGUGAAUUGGUUGGAAGAUUGGUGGAAUGAUUUAGCCUAUUUAGGAUAUAGGGAUCCAGUGGUUGUGUACGUGAGUUACUUCUUUGCCUACAAAGAUGAUAAAUUAAGAAAGGAACCGGCAAGUCGUGCUGCUUCAAUUAUUACUGCCGCUUUAGAGUUUCGAAAACUGGUUGUAAAUGAACAGCUCGAACCUGAAUACGCAAAGGGUCUUCCUAUUUGUAUGGACUCUUACAAAUUCAUGUUUCACGCUUGUAGAUACCCAGCGAAACCAUCGGAUUACGAAAAAGUUUACGAUCAUAACACGUUUAACCAUAUAACGGUGAUUCGAAACAACAAAUUUUACAUUUUGGAAUUGGCAAAGGACGGUAAACAAUUGUCUACUGCAGAACUCGAAAGUCAAAUCCGUAAAAUCUAUGAUUUGGCUGGUUAUACUAAAGAUCCUGCUCUAGGCGCGCUUACAUCAGAAAAUCGAGAUACCUGGACCGAGGCCCGUAAACUAUUCAUAGCUGCAGAUCCAAAGAAUGAAGAGUUAUUGCACAAGAUUGAAACUUCAGCCUUUGCAGUUUGUUUGGAUGAUACAAGCCCAAUUACGCGAGAAGAAAUUAGUCAUGCUUGUUGGGUUGGAGACGGUCGAAAUCGUUUCAACGAUAAAUCGCUUCAAUUUAUCGUUUUUGAGAAUGGAAAGGCUGGUUUCAUGGGCGAGCAUUCUUCAAUGGACGGUACACCCACAUGCCGUCUAAAUGACUAUGUCUGCGAUGUUAUUGCCAAGAAUAAAGUUGAGCAUGGAUCUGCGGAUGUUCGAUCUAAUCUACCAACUCCGAACAAAUUAGAAUUCACCUUCAACAAACAAAUCAUCGACGACAUUCGAAAAGCAGAAAAAAAUUUUGAUGACCUUGUUGCCAAGCACGAUCUUCGCGUGCAAGCAUACCAAGGUUAUGGUAAGAAUAUCAUAAAGAAACUUGGAUUUUCACCGGAUGCAUAUGUGCAAAUGAUUAUACAAUUGGCCUACUAUAAGACUUAUGGUUACAGCAAGGCUACGUAUGAGAGUGCGCAGACAAGAAAAUUCCAGCAUGGAAGAACAGAAGUUUGUCGUUCUGUGUCGAAUGAUUCGGUGAAAUGGGUUAAGGCGAUGGAAGAUCCUCAUGUUUCGAUUGAAGAAAAAGCCCGUUUGGGUAGAAAAGCAAUUGAAGCUCAUGUUAAAUACAUGAACGAAGCCGUAGAAGGGCGAGGUUGUGAUCGCCAUUUAUUAGGGCUUCGUCUCUCUCUCAAACCCGGCGAAUCUAAGCCAUCAAUCUUCACUGAUCCGACGUACGCGACAUCCACCCACUGGUCACUAUCGACCUCACAACUGUCAUCCGAACACUUUGUCGGCUAUGGUUGGGGUGAAGUAGUACCUGAUGGCUAUGGUAUUGCAUACAUGGUCAAUAACAAUUUCCUCAACUUCAAUAUUGUAUCGUUACGUUUACAGAAUGAUAAAAUCUGGCAUUACUUGAGUGAAGCUGCUGAUGAAAUGCGUGAAGUGUUUGAGUAUGCACAGGCGAAGCGCGGUGAAGACAAGCAAAGGCGUGAUUUGAAAGAGGUUGUGACUAUAUGGAGGUCGAAUUUCCUCUACUUCAUAAUAGCUGGAACUGGGGAAGAUGUGAUUGUAGAAAGGAUCACAUCAGUUGUUGGAGCUUCUAGUGUUCCCACAAAAUACGGAAACAAGGUUUUAAAAUGGUACAUUGCGAAUAAUCGCCCAGUGAUACCUGUUAAUCCUAGUGAAACCACGAUCGAAAAUCUACAAUGCGUCCCAAAUUUAAGCUCAAUAACCCUUCUUGACGCGACAGACACGUCUGUUUCAGUUAUCACACCGGGAAAAGUUACCAAACAGUUAGGAAUCAAACGCAUUUGGUUACAACCGGGAGCAGAGUAUCCGGAUUGUGAUGAGUUUGCUGAACAUGCAGGAAUCGAUUUGAUUUAUGGAGGACCUUGUGUUUUGGUUGAUGGGCCAAGGUUUAUAGUUAACAGUGUAAUUUAA